GUGCGCGGCGGUCUGGCGCGAGUGGCAGCGGGUUCAUACGAUCGGACCAAUACGAACCGUCCCGUGAAACGGUCGAAAGACGUCCGCGUGUCAUCGCGGCCCCGUCGACUCGGACGAGGCGUGUCGUGCACGUGUGUCGGCCACGGAACGGAUGCGAAAGUGUGUGAGCCUUUCCUCGUGGCCACGGGAGGAUCGAAGCUACCAGCGGAGGUGCAGCGGUCGGCCAUUGCGCUUUCUUCGUGUCGCUGUUACGACCGCGCGGUGCUCUGCUAUCGAACAUACAUCUCGGGGAUCGCUGGACAGGAUACGUUAAACUGCUGGAAAUUCGCAAAUAAGACGGCCUCUCGUUGAAACGAAAUUCUCGAUACGUUCUUCCAUAAACGAUACUCGUUCCCGUCUCGUCGACCGUAACGCACAGAUCGAGACGUGCACAAAGAUUCGCUAGAGUCGAUUCGGUGACAACGAGAGAAAAAGGGGGACAGAGGUAUCGUGGGCGUUCUCGCGCAGUCAUCCUCGAACCGGCGGUGAUCGAAGACACAAUCCACGAAGAAGGAUCUACCGGAUGCGCAGCAAGGCAUCUCUUCCCGCGCGGCGUCGUUAUAAAGUGGCCGAGUGAAAGGCGCUGGUAUAAAGCAUUGUACGCGCGUGCAAGUGUUGUGUGUCGGUCCGUCCCGUCGUACGUGAAUCCACGGACACGUGACAUUUUUACAAUGGCGCGCUAACGUGGCCCCGGGGAUCGGCUACGAGCGCACGAUCUCUCGCUGAUAUUUAAAAAGGAGAAGAGGGUACACACCGUUGGACACGAACGAGCCACGUAUCCCGAAUGCGACUUACCGACUUCCGCACUCCCAAAUGAAGCCUCUUUCGCCAAGUUUCUUUAUCGCCAAUAAAAAUGAACAACGACGCGGACCCGUGAUAUUCUAAGCAACGACGAUCCACCAUCGAACCGGCUUCUUGGAUCCUACCACUCGACGUUAAUCGAAAGACCACGCGGUGAAUAGUGAAAACCCCCCCCCCUGUCGACAGGGUCCCGCGUAACGUUCAGUGACAAGUGCACGCGGCGUCGGUUUUUCACCGACAGAGGGGGCCAACGAACUCGAGAGUCGGCUCGAUAGGUUGUUCCUCCAGUCUUGGACGCGAAACGCGUGGAUCCACGGCUCGCACGUCCUUCGAAAACUCUGAACCCAGAGUCGUCUCGAGCAAAUCGUACGACGAGAGCGUGUCGUCGUCCUUCCUGUUGUCCUUGGUCCUCGGUGAAGGGGGACUGAUCGGUCCUCGUGGUGUCUUGGGGCUGCAGAUGGGAGCUGGUCUGCCGGAGCCCGACAGGGUGCUCAACCCCGGAAAAGAUCACCAGCCGUACGGACUUCCGUUCGAGACGCUCGCUGCUCCUCCCCACCCCGACCGUCGGCCGGCCAGUUUCUCCCUCCCGAUUCGGCCGCGUAAACCCGAUCAAGCUGGAAUUGAUGGAGUUGGAGAAUAUCGUGGCGAACACUGUGUACCUGAAAGCGAGAGAAGGCGGUGGUGACAGCAACAAGGGUAAAAGCAAGAAAUGGCGGAAGAUACUUCAGUUCCCACACAUCUCCCAGUGCAUCGGCCUAAAAGAUAAACUUGACAUCAGGUACAGCUAUGUCGUGGACCAGCAGCCGAUCGGGCGACUGUUGUUCAGGCAGUACUGCCAGGACAAAAAGCCAUCCUACCAUCGGUACAAUCUCUUUCUGGACUCGAUCGAGAAGUACGAGAUCGAGAUGGACGAGAAUCGCACCGAGCUGGCGAAGGACCUGUUUGAGCAGUACCUGAAGAGAGAGGGCUCGGAGGUCGUCGACAUCCUGAACGACUCCUUGAUAGCUCAGUGCGAGGAACGUCUCGGUACCGGUGGGAAGGAACUCUUUGUCGAGAUCGCACAGACCGUGAAGAACUUCCUGGCUGGGGAACCUUUUUCAGCUUUCCAAACUAGCUUCUAUUUCUAUAGGUACCUUCAGUGGAAGUGGCUGGAAGCGCAACCGGUCACGUGCAAGACCUUCCGCAUGUACAGGGUGUUGGGUAAAGGUGGUUUCGGCGAGGUAUGCGCCUGCCAGGUACGAGCGACAGGGAAGAUGUACGCCUGCAAGAAGCUCGAGAAGAAACGGAUAAAGAAACGUAAAGGGGAGAUGAUGGUGCUGAUCGAGAAGAACAUACUGCAGAAGAUCAAUUCGAAGUUCGUGGUGUCGCUGGCGUACGCGUACGAGACCAAGGACGCUCUGUGCCUGGUGCUGACCAUCAUGAACGGCGGCGACCUCAAGUUCCACAUCUACAACAUGGGCGGGGAGCCUGGCUUCGACAUAAACCGCGCCAGGUUCUACGCGGCCGAGGUGGUCUGCGGUUUGGAGCACCUGCACCUACAGGGGAUCGUCUACAGGGACUGUAAGCCGGAGAACAUACUGCUGGACGAUCACGGCCACGUGAGGAUAUCGGACCUGGGGCUGGCCGUUGAGAUUACUGAGGGAGACAUGGUGAGGGGGAGAGUGGGCACGGUAGGCUACAUGGCUCCGGAAGUGAUCGACAAUGAGAAGUACACAUUUUCGCCAGAUUGGUUCAGCUUCGGUUGUCUUUUGUACGAGAUGAUAGAGGGCCAGGCCCCGUUCCGUGCCAGGAAGGAGAAAGUGAAGAGGGAGGAGGUCGAUAGGAGAGUGAAGGAGGAUAUGGAGAGGUAUUCGACGAAGUUCACCGAGGAAGCGAAAAGCCUCUGCCAGCAGCUGUUGAAGAAGAGCCCGAAGAACAGGCUGGGUUGCAAGUGCGGCAGACACGGCGCCAAGGAAGUCAAGCUACACGGUUUCUUUCAGUGCUUGAACUGGAAGAGGGUGGAGGCCGGUAUGUGGGAACCGCCGUUUGUACCGGAUCCGCACGCAGUAUACGCCAAGGACGUAUUGGACAUCGAGCAGUUCUCGACCGUGAAAGGUGUCAAUCUGGACGCGACGGACGACACUUUCUACAGUAAAUUCAAUACAGGCAGCGUGUCCAUCCCUUGGCAGUACGAGAUGAUAGAGACUGAGUGUUUUAAGGAACUGAACGUACUAGGUCCUAACAACACACCGACUCCAGAUUUACUGAUAAAUCAUCCUCCACCUAACAAUGAGAACAGAGGCUGUUUCCCGUUCCGAAGACAGAAAAAGCAAAGCGCCCGCACAAGACAGAUACCGUUAUCGGAGUGCCAUUUGCUGGAGCUGUCCCAGAGUCAGAACUCCGAGAUGCCAGCCAGCUGAUCCAAAAUGAACGCGAGUAGUCUGAAUCAACCGACGUCGUCGUCCAUGCGACGUCGACGCUGCGGGCGACGCCGACGAGCGCUAAGAUGCUGCCCGAAGUUGCUUUAAACGGAAACGAACCAUGUGCCGCCCUCUGCGGCCUCUGGCGGCGAUUUCCAUGCAAACGUUGGCGCGCGCGGAGGAAUGGGCGGGUCCGACGCCAGGGAGUGGGAGGGGCGAUGCGAUCCGAGCUCCACCCGUCGACGAGCACGUCGAACACACUCUACUCAGGUUUCUCGAAGCGGAGAGCGAUCCGCGGAUUCGCGAGGAUUUACACUUAAGCGGGUUUGUCGGUCACGCAUAUCGCUCGCUGUCGGCAGGAACGACACGACCGGGAACGAUCGGUGUACACUUUUGUUUUUUAAUACCGGCACCUUGAAACGUAAGAAUCUUGUGAGAAUCGGACGACUUUCGGUCGUGUCGUUCUUAUUGCGAACGAGCAACUAUACGCAAUCACACAUAUAGUUACACAUCGAAUCAAAUAUUCGCGUACUCGUGUGCAUCGAACGAACGCGUCUAGAAAGAGUACUUUGGUGUAUGGGUAGUCAUCGCAUCGCAUGAUUUUUUGUCGGUUCCGUUUCGAACCUGGAUCUCUAAGUACAUUUGCCUAAGAAAUAGCGUUUCCUCGAACUAUACGCCCCGCCCCCGCAAAUACUCCCACGUAAAAUGAUAACCAUUCCAACUUUUAAAAGGGCCUACAGAACAACUUAGUUUAAAACGUAUUCACUGUACUUUGAGUAAGGCUGAAUCAGAGAACAACGAUUUAUAGAAAUAACAGGCUCAAGGUGUUAGUGUAAUAGUCGCGUACGAUGGGACAUCGAAUGUGGAAGACGAUCCCUAACAAAGUUCCUAGCUAACUCGCAAACGAGUCGCGUGAGAUUUUGUUGCAAUUCAGUAAU